UGUGUUUUGAAGUGCAGCAGUUGCAGUGAAGAACGGCGAACGAACUAUUUAUUCUGUUUGUCGUUCUUAUUCGUCUUACAGCAUGUUUCUGUGCAUUAAUUGUGGAUGGACGCGUGAUACCCUCAACUAUUAAGACUGUACUACCUCUAGGAAGCCCUUUCGCAGAGACUUGUAAACACGCUUGUCCUCACCGUAAGCGUUCGGCAUAAACAGGCGACUGCCAUCCACCGACCGAACGUCCUGAAACCUGUUGGAACCAAUGGCUGUACUAUAACAGUGCUGUGUACUAUAACAGUGGGACUGGUGACUUUUAAAAGUUGGGAUAAAAUGUCUGCACGGACACUGUCAUCACUGCGAUCCAUCUGCGACGGCUCAGUUGUUGCCAUGUGGUCCGUGGGCACGCAGAUACAUCCUCAGAAGCGUUCCAGAGGCACACAGACAGACAGCACGUUUCGCAUAACGUACGUAGGUGACACGGAGGCGGGGGAAGACAUAUCCUUCGAAGAUUUCCCUCGUGGCAUCGCAUCCGCCCUGGAAGAGGAUUCCAGGAAGGAGCGACGCGGGGCCGACAGCGAGACGUUCAAGUGCCGACACUGCAGUUACUCCAGCGUGCACGCGUCUGACGUCGAAGGCCACGAAGGGACACACACCAGAGAAGGGACACACACCGAAGGGACACACCGAAGGGACACACACCGCCCUAAAUUCUGCGAAGUGUGUUCCAUCGCGUUCACGCACGAGAGUUACCUGAUGGCGCACAUGAAGUCCCAGCAGCCGAGACCGGACCAUCAACGAGCCCUCGAGAGGCUUCUCUCAGCAAGAAGAAGAGCGUCCGCGGGAUCGUGCAAGGGUGCGCCCGCAGGAGAGGAAGGUUCCGAGGGAUUCAGCGUCGCCAAGCAGGAAGAAGACUGUUCCUUCCAGUGCUUCCCUCGGAGCACCGCAGUAUCUUCGGAAGAGCGGCGCAAGAUGCCUUCCUGCAGGGCCAAGAAAAAGGGGAAAUUCCAGUGCAAGUUUUGCGAUUACUGCAGCAAUCAGUCGUGCCACGUUGAGGUACACGAGAGGACCCACACGGGUGAGAAGCCGCAAGUGUGCCCACUGUGUUCCAAAACCUUUGCAGGAAGGAGUAGCCUGAGAAAGCACGUCCGGUACACACACAAGGACCGUGGCAUCUAUGAGUGCUCCACCUGCGGGGCUUUCGUGCGGCAAGAGCGCCUUCGAGAACACGAGAUGGCACACGCGCAGGAUAGUGCGUGUUCACACGAGCGACAGCUUCACGGAACAUUCCAGUGCAAGCUUUGCGAUUACUGCAGCAAUCAGUUGUGCCACGUUGAGGUACACGAGAGGACCCACACGGGUGAGAAGCCGCACUUGUGCCCCUUGUGUCCCAAAAGCUUUGCAGGGAAGGGUAGCCUGAGACAGCACAUCCGGUACACACACAAGGAACGUGACAUCUACGAGUGCUCCACCUGCGGGUCUUUCCUGCGGCAAGAGCGCCGUCGGGAACACGAGAUGGCGCACGCGCAGGAUAGUGCGUAUUCACACGAGCGACAUCCCGAUGGAAGAUUCUAGCGGAAGAAAAAGCAAAAAACACUGCUCGCAGAGACAAAGUUCUGCCCCCUGUCAUGCGAGCAUUCACACGAUGCGGAACAUCGGGAGUGGCGUACUGCGCACUUGGCAGACGACACUUCCCAGACGACACUUGGCAGGCGACACUUCCCAGACGACACUUGGCAGGCGACACUGGGCAGACGACACUUGGCAGGCGACACUGGGCAGGCGACACUGGGCAGAAGACACUGGGCAGAAGACACUUGGCAGGCGACACUUGGCAGGCGACACUUGGCAGGCGACACUUGGCAGGCGACACUUGGCAGGCGACACUUGGCAGGCGACACUUGGCAGAAGACACUUGGCAGAAGACACUGGGCAGAAGACACUUGGCAGGCGACACUGGGCAGAAGACACUUGGCAGGCGACACUGGGCAGAAGACACUGGGCAGAAGACACUGGGCAGAAGACACUGGGCAGAAGACACUGGGCAGAAGACACUGGGCAGGCGACACUGGGCAGGCGACACUGGGCAGGCGACACUGGGCAGGCGACACUGGGCAGGCGACACUGGGCAGGCGACACUUGGCAGGCGACACUUGGCAGGCGACACUUGGCAGGCGACACUGGGCAGAAGACACUUUGCAGACGCGGCCGUCAGCGUCUUUCCUGUUGUCUGCUAAGAAUAUCUUGUGACUGUGUCGCAGGAUAUUCCCCACGGUUAGCAGUGUACUUGAACACUGGACGUUGAGCACUCGCGCUCAGCGGGCUAUGACGAUUUUUGCGUCUUCCGCAUCUGCGGGGAAUGUCGCCCAUGUGGAUACACGGAUAGUGUUGUGUUCCAAGGAACUUCCUUGUGGUAGUGAGAACGCACUGUGAAACAGUAGAGCUUUCAGCGUCGUCGACGGAUACGUGAGAGUGGACUUUGAACUAGCAUCGUUGAACCGUAGUCAGCAUCAACAUGUUCCAUAUCCCUGAUCGGGGGAAAAAUUGUUGGAAAAAAUUUGAUUUUUCACCCUCUGUCUUUCAAAUGUAUGGAGCAUUUAUUUCUACGUACUUUCUACUAGUACUGAUUCCACUAUCAUACAGGGUGUUUUUCAUUUGUUAUGGAAUUUUUAUUCUUAUGGAAAUUUUUAUGGAUUCUUAAUAUGAUUUUAUUUUUAUGGACAGUUUUUAUGGAAAAAACGAGCAGUUCAAAGUUGAUGCUUUUUCAAUGGCUGAUAUGCAUAGAUCGACAAGUUACCCAUAAAAAAGAACCUGUUACGAGUUAAGUUACUGUGUAAAAAAUGUCACUAAGUUCAUAAGGAAGUUCCUCAGGCUGAAAUGU